AUGCGCAUGCCUCCCGCUCCACCCCCCCGCCAGGUCAUCGGCACCAUCGACGGCAGCGGGCGCGUGGUGCUGGUUGACCGGUGCGCCCCCGAGGGCUCCCCCACCCCCGUUGACCUGGACCUGGAGAAGGUGCUGGGCGACAUGCCCAACAAGACCUUCAGGCGGGUGCUGGCCUGCCUUUGUGGGUUUGACCGCAAGCCCGAGCCCACUGCCCCGCUGGCCUUCCCUGAGGGCACCACCGCGGCGGCGGCGCUGGACCGCCGCUUCCUCACAACCAAGGCGCGGCCGCCCAGCCAGCCCCGCGCUGCGGCCUCGCCGGGCCGCCUGCCCCAUGCAGGGGCUGCGGCUGGCAGGUCAAACGCUUGA